AUGGCGGGAGGGGAGGAGCACGCCCCUUUGAGUGUCUCCUGCUCCUUACGCCCGAAGAGGGUCCUUCCCCUCCGUUCCUCUGCACGACAGCACAGGUCAAGUGUCUUCCGAGGUCGUACCAGAGGGGGGAAGGCCCGCUCUUGGCCCAGUCGGGGCGCUCCCGCCACCAGGAGGUUGGUACGGGUUAAGGGUGGGGGUGGCGGUAGUAGUAGUAGGGGCGUGUGGGUGGGCCGGGUGCGCCCCAAGCCUGCAGCGCCCGCUGAAGCAUCAGCUUGCAACUCCUGCUGCUGCUGCUGCAACAACCUGCCUGAUCCUCCUGGCCUCAGUUCAACAACUGAAGCCGUGCAAUCCACAACGUCCACCCCAUGUCACUCGCCCAAACCACCUGCUCCUCUUCCUCCUCCUCUUCCUCCUCCUACUCCUACUCCUACUCCGGCUCCUCGAGCCUUGCCUUCCUCGCGUUGUCACUUUAAAGCCUCCAUCAGUCACUGCCUCCGCUCGGCAUUUCCCCAAACUUCAUCACUACCACCGUCAUCACCACCACCACCACCAUCAUCAUCAUCAUCAUCCCAGCAACAGAGGGGAGGAGGGGGUCACUCCUCAAAACCCACUUCCCUCCCUAAUCCUCCUCCUACUAUAGGUACUACUACUAGUACUACAUCUGAUCUUCCUUCUGGGCCCUGUCUUCGUCGUCGACACUCGGCUUGUCCUCCUAAUCGCCUUCCUCCUCCUCCUCCUCCUCCUCCUCCCGAAACCACUACUUGUACUCAAAGUGUUGCGUGUGCUACUGAUCCGGAGAAUAUGAGUGCUGCCGCCGCCGCCGAUAUGUUGGUGGCGCAUUCCGAAUUGGCGAGUGGUGUGUCAGAUAUUUCUGAAAGUGCUUUGAAAAAGAGUUCGGGUGUGAAAGCAGACGCCGAAGACGACGACGACGCUGACGUAGUGGAUGUAGGAGGCGAGGAAGAGGACGACGAGGAAGACGAAGACGAGGAUGGCGUCAAAAAGAGACCACAGAGGUGCAGCGCCAGAUACGACUCAGCUGAUUCGUCUGACAGGUAUUACAGUGACUGA